AUGGCCACCUAUCCUGAGAGCUGCUUGGACACUACCAUGCUGAACUUUGUCGCAGAUCUCUCGUUGGCCUCACCGAGACACCCUCUUUUCUGUGACUUCCCACCUGGGGUCCCUUUUGGGGACCGAACACUGGGGUUCAGAGAGAGAAGACCCAGAAGGCUGUCGCAAUUUGAGGAAACAGACCAGGAGGAAGAGGUGGGCGAAGUGGUCUAUGAGGACCGGGAGGAGGAAGAAGAGGAGGGAGACGGACUCCAGAGAGUAUCAUCCUUGCUGGGCCGCCCCAAAAGGAAAAGGAUCAUCACCUAUGCCCAGCGCCAGGCUGCCAACAUUCGGGAAAGGAAGAGGAUGUUCAACCUGAACGAGGCCUUUGACCGGUUGCGCAGGAAGGUGCCCACCUUCGCUUACGAGAAGAGACUGUCUAGGAUCGAGACCCUCCGCUUGGCCAUUGUCUAUAUUUCCUUCAUGACGGAGCUCCUGCAGAGCAGCGAGAAAAAGGAGGCCGGCUAA